GUUCUUAACAGUGACUAUGUAGCAAAUGCUUUGCAAGUUCUAUAGAUACAAUUUAGACCAAGUAUCUCACCAGACAUUUUCAUUCAAGGCGGCCAUGGACCCAAGGAAGAAUGAAGAGCAGAGAUCCCAGGACGUGAACAUUUCCAUGAAGAAUUGUGAAAAGCCUGUCACAGCAUGUUUGCUGACUGCAGCCUUCUUCAGUGCCCUGGGUUCGUCUUUCCUUUAUGGAUACAACCUUUCUGUCGUCAACGCUCCUGCUGUGUACAUCAAAGCUUUCUACAAUAAGACAUGGACGGAACGAUAUGGUCAGCCUAUCGGGACAGAGACAGCUACCUUACUGUGGUCUGUUACAGUGUCCAUUUUUUCUAUUGGGGGACUUCUGGGAGCGUGGUCUGCCUCUUUAAUUAUUGGAAUACUAGGAAGAAAAGGAACCUUGCUUGUCAAUAACAGCUUCGCCAUUGUAGCUGCACUGCUACUGUCUUUGGGUGAAACAGCAAAAUCGUUUGAAAUGCUCAUAAUUGGCCGUCUCGUCAUGGGAGUGGACUCAGGUAUAGCACUGAGUGCACUCCCCAUGUACCUGGGAGAAAUUUCCCCAAGACACAUAAGAGGCUCUAUUGGCCAGCUCAACUCCAUUCUGAUCUGCUUGGGUGUGUUUGUAGGACAAGUGCUGGGGAUGCCAGAGCUGCUGGGACAGGAAUCUAGGUGGAACUUCCUGUUUGCGUUCCUGGCAGUGCCAGCUCUACUGCAGCUCUGUGUCCUUCCCUUUCUGCCAGAAAGUCCUCGCUAUCUGUUGAUUGAGAAGAGGGAUGAUGCUGGAGCAAAAAAAGCAUUUCAAAGGUUUUUGGGAAAGAAGGACGUAACCUGCGAGCUUGAAGACGUCCUAAAGGAAGGCCAGGCUUUGGGCAACCAAUCCACUGUCACUGUGCUACAGCUGCUGAAGAGCCGCAACGUACGCUGGCAGCUUAUCACCAUUGUUAUCACAAUGGUUUGCUAUCAGCUCUGUGGCCUCAAUGCUAUCUGGUACUACACCCAUAGAAUUUUCAAGGCAGCAGGCUUUUCAGACAGCAUCAUUCCCUACAUCACACUAAGCACAGGGGCUGUAGAGACAUUGGCUGCAAUUGCCUCAGGUAUUGUGAUAGAACGAACAGGCAGAAAGAUUCUCCUCAUAUUUGGAUUCUCUUCCAUGGCUGUGUUCUUUGGUCUCCUCACAGUGUUCCUCAACUUCCAGGACAGCACGCCAUGGAUUCCAUACCUCAGUUACGUCUGUAUCUUGGCAGUGAUCGCAUCCUUUUGUUCUGGUCCAGGGGGCAUACCCUUCAUCCUGACCAGCGAGCUGUUUGAACAGUCUUACCGUCGACCAGCCUUUAUGAUCGCCGGCACCGUGAACUGGCUGUCCAACUUUGCUCUGGGGCUCCUGUUUCCAUUCAUUCAAGAGGGCUUGCAGUCCAAUGCCUUCCUGUUUUUUCUGGUGAUCUGCGUUUUAGGAUCAAUCUACCUUUUCAUGAUCCUUCCAGAAACCAAAAACAAAACAUUUAUGGAAAUCAGCCAGAACUUUAUCAAGCUAAACAACAUCUCUGCAUCCAACAGCCAGCAUUUAAAGCUUACUGUGUAUGAAGGUUGACACCAAAAAAAGAAGACUAAAAUCUGGAAU